AGUUUCUACUACCUUAGAGUAAUUAAGAAUGUAUUUUAUUAUGAGAAGCAAGGUACUUUGUAACCUUGACUGUUUAAUAAAUAUAUCCUAUUCAUACUCUUCAAUGUUUUAACUGAACGUAAACUAACUUUAAUUAACAUUGGCUGACCUAAAAACUGCAAGUGGUUAUUACGAAUUUGACUUUGACUACCGUGGGAGAAAACAGACAAACAGACCUCCUCCUGAGCAACAAAGCGGACACAAACAAUCGAACAAUUAAAAUAACACGAGCACCGAAAUCUAUAACGCCCUAAAAAGUGAAUCUGUCCACAUACAUAUUUUACAAAACUAUUUGGACAAUUAAACAAUUGGGAGCUUACGGCACAAGUGUACCUGCAGAGAAAAAGAUUUUCCGUUUCAGAUAAUGAAAUGACAACAAUAGUGGCGCUUGCGCAAUCUUCGCACGGUGGCGUUCAGAGUGGGGCGAUAUUUUUAUAUAGGGGAGUCGUGGGCGCGGCGUAGCCGUACCGUCGACAUGCCGACAGCCCGCCUGACGAGAUGAUCGUCCUCAUCAUCAUAGCGUGCAUCACCACCGCAGCGGCGAACAACUCCACCAAAGAUGCAACGACCGAAGCACCCACUAAUGCCACCAAAGAGAUACUCAAAGCCAGUGAAACUGCUGAUCCUAAGAAGGUCCAAAUCGUGAAACAGAUCCGACGUCUGAACGAGGAUGGCUCAUACACCAUAGGAUACGAAGCUGACGACGGGACUUUUAAGAUUGAGAAUAAAGACGUCCUUGGGAACGUGAAGGGUACUUUUGGUUACAUCGACCAGGAUGGUGAAAUUAAACGUGUGACAUACACUUCUUCGAGUGACAGCACACCGGUUCCGGUCUCCACCAGCACGACUCCGAGCACGCCGACUAUGAUAGUGCGAGUGAAUAAAACAGUGUCGUCGACUACACGGAGGCCCUCGCCUACAUUAGUGUAUCCUACAAGAGGUUCUUACACCACGCGGGGGACUGUCAUACAACCCAUACCGAGACGACGAACUCACGCCAGUUCAACGAGAGCCCCACACGUAGAAACCACGACUGAACACCAAAGGAAUGAGGAAACCACGAGUAAUAUCUUAAGUUUAUAUAAAACGAAAACAGACGACGUUAAAACACGAACACAAAUUUUGAAACCCAUGUCAGCCUCUGUGAAGGAUGACCUCAUAACUAGACAAACAACUACGAAAAUCCCGGUGACAGUGAAACCAGUUUACGAACGUGAAUCAGAAAAAGAAGAAAGUGAUAUGAAUAAAGCGAACACUUUCCGUCGCGAGUUGAGUGGCACCAGCCCGAACCCGCGUAUGAUCAGUCUGCAGCAGUCUGUCGGUGACGACUCUACGGAUGUUUACGGAAGUCAUCUAUCAAUGGGAACAGUUCGUCCUCUGUUUACUACGACAACGCCUCGGCCGCGAUUAGUGCCUAUACAUUCCUUAGUGGCGGCUAGGCAAAAGAUUCAACAGCAAUACCAAGAAGUACCUAUUCAGGAGCAAGAGACCACAAUCGAGGCCAGUACAGGCCGGGUCUUCGAUCAUGAGCAUGUCGUUACUACAAACGCAGUGCCAGUUGUUCACAUUCAACAACAACAACAAAGGGAUCAAGAUGACGAAGUGUAUCAACAAUCAUUUUAUAGAAGACAACCACCAGCGAGCGUCCACUUCCGCACACGAGAAUAUUUGAGAGACAACCCUGGCGCGCCUGUGCCUAUCGGGAAUCAACGGCCCUACCUCCAAUAUGAAUUUGCGCAAAAAGUGUUGGAACCUCAAUAUGUGAAGGAGGCUCCUCAGCAUCCGCAGCGAACACAACCCGCACCAGAGGCGACACCGCAGCCUUACGAAGUGAGACCAGUGACGCGAAUUAUUCCCAUCCCAGUGGACGACAGAGGAGUGCCGCUCCAAGGCUAUCAAGGACGCUUUGCAAACCCCUACCAGAGACCUGCGCUCUACCAGCGAUACGAUCCCGUAGAGGAGAUGACCAACAUCGCCGCCCCUGUGAGUACCAGAGAUUUGCGACGCUUGCUCCACAUUCUGAUAUUACGGCAGAAUAAAUUGCAAGCUUUGAUGGAUCAAAUGCUCCCUGGACCGCCUCUGUAUCGUCCAGAAAACGCAUAUCGAUACCAGCGGUACCAGGAUGCCGACGACCGAUUCGAUUACCGGUUCGACCAGUACCGGCAGGAGCCGUACUCAAACCAAGACUAUGAGAACCAGUACGAGAGCCAGCGGUACGUGCCGCGGCGGAGGCUCCCGGUGUACUCCCGCGCCUACGACACUGCUAGCUCCUCCUCUAACCAUAUCGAUGAGAUGCCCGAGUUUCUCCCUCCUGAAAUAAGAGAGGCUUUGUUGUUGAAGAUGCUGAUUCUGGCGAUCAGUCCGGACUUCAUGCCCUCUCCCGCGCCGCCCACGGAGCUCACCACCGCCGCCCCGCCCAGGAAACAAGUGAGGAACGUCCAGAUCCUGGGCGAGGAGGGCUCCAUGAGCGACAAGCGGCCGCAGAGACAUUGAGGUAAAUAUUUAUUGAUAUCAUUCUGUAGAAUACUCAUGUAAUGUAAAUAGUACUUUUUUAUGUAAAUUUGUGGUAAUG